UAAAAACAUACGUUUGGCUUUAAUAUCUUAGUAUAUCAUCAGAAAACUCGUGUGCAACAUUGCAUUUAUUUUUACCACAUGUUAUAAUGCCUCGAGUCUAUAAAAGAACAACUUCAAAAGCAAAAACCCCCAGUAAAAAUAUGAAAGAUGCAUUACAUUCGAUCCAAAAAGGAAAAAGUAUUAGAGAAACUGCAAUAACUUCCAAAAUACCCUAUCCAAUUCUUCGUCGUUAUUGGAAAAAAUUUUUGCUUGAUGAAAAUACAAGACUUAGCCCGAAUUAUUAUGUUAAAAGAAUAUUUACAGACAAGCAGGAAUUAGAAUUUAAGGAAUAUAUUUUGACUUGUUCAAGAAUGUUCUAUGGCCUUCCAAUUAAAGAAUGUCGGUGUAUAGCUUUUGAGAUGGCAACCAUUAAUAAAAUUAGUAUUCCACAGAAGUGGCACAAAGACUCAAUGGCAGGUAUUGAUUGGAUGAAUAAUUUUAGAAAGCGACAUCCAGAUUUGUCUCUUAGAACACCUGAAGGAUGUUCUCUCUCAAGGGCAACAUCAUUUAAUGCCCAUAAUGUAAAUAUAUUUUUUGAUAAAUUAAAAGAACUUCUUGCUAGAUCACCAAUAUUUGCCAAUGGAACUCGGAUUUUUAACCUUGAUGAAACUGGAACUAUUACCGUGCAGAACCCACAAAAGGUUCUUGCAAAGAAAGGCGUGAAGAGCGUCUGCAAAGUCACAAGUGCUGAAAGAGGAACCCUUGUCACAACAUGUAUAAUAAUCAGUGCUUCUGGACAAUAUCUUCUACCAGCAAUUAUUUUUCCAAGAAUGCAUUUCAAGGAGCAUAUGUUGUUAGGAGCUCCUUCUGGAUCUCUCGGACUUGCAUGUAAAACAGGCUGGAUGAACGGUGAACUUUUUUUAGAUGUUAUGAAUCACUUUAUCAAGUUCUCGUCAAGUACAAAAGAAAAUCCAUCAUUAUUAAUAUAUGACAAUUUCGAAGCGCACUUAUCUAUAGCAGUGUUAAAUUUAGCAAAGGAGCAUGGAGUGACCAUUUUGACAUUACCGCCUCAUUCCAUGCAUAAGUUACAACCACUUGAUGUGGGAGUUAUGUGGCCAUUUAAAACUGCAUAUAAUGCAGCAAUUGAUUCCUGGAUGCUCCACAAUCCUGGAAAAACAUUUACAAUUUACCAAGUUGCUGCAUCUGUAGGGCUUGCUUUUCUGAAAGCCAUAACACCAUCUAACAUUGUAGCUGCUUUUAAAAAGAUAGGUAUAUUUCCUUAUGACAGGAUUGUGUUUACAGAUAUUGAUUUCAUGUGCAGUUCUGUGACAGACAGAACUUUUGAUGUUAACAAUACUUGCAUAAAAAUUCACGUAAGCAUUACUUCUGAUAAUUUUUUUACCCACAUGUUUCACCAAAUGCAGACCCCACUACCUCUACUACUAUAGAUACAAACAAACUAGUUACCAAUGAUACCUGGGUUAAUCUGUCUACAUCAUCAGAUUUCUUUAUCAGCCCUAAACAAUUCAGAGGUUUUCUGAAAUCUGGAAAAAAAAAACUGUAAAAAAAGGGAAAGGAAGAAGGGUUGCUCUAUCAUUGCCACAGACACUCCUGAGAGAGAUCGGAUUGCCACAGACACUCCUGAGAGAGACCUUUUUCAUU